AUUUGAUAGAUUUUAGUAGUUUCAAAAAAUCUAACCGAGACGGUUGGGAAUGUCUAGACUCAAGAAUGUUCCGAUGAAUCAAUUCAUAUUCAAUAUAAUAUACUUUUCAAUUGAAAAGGGCGUAUCUGCAAAAUAGCACAUUUGGGAUAUUUGUCUUUGAAGACUUUCAUUUCAUCCACAGAUUCAAUUGAAUUAAUAUGAAGAAAAAAUAAAUGAUAAUGCAUGUUAAUUAAAUUUAAUCUGUAGAUGGCACAAAUGAAAGUAUUUAAAGUUCAAUCAAUAUCCCAAAAGUGAUUUUUUGUAGAUACGCACGCACUUCUCAAUUCAAACGUCAGUAUAGAUUCAUCAUAUUCCAAUCUGAUCACGCUGAUGAAACUGUUGAAAUGAUGUUCGAUCAAUACAUUGCUUUCCGGAAAUAAAGAGGAUCUUAUACGAAUUCAAUACAGUAAUUACAAUAUCUUAUGCAUAAUGGACCUGUACUUAGCAACUCUCAUGCUUGUAGACACCUCUGAUAAUGCUUUGUCGGCAUUAUCCAUAACAGAAUUACGGUUCGUUUUAUGGGUCGGCUUUAAAAUUCAGUAAAGACGGAUAACUUUUUUGACCGUUAUGCAAAUUUAGGUAGCUAUUAUUUGAAAGCGUUGAAUAUUUUGCAAUAACCUGGACCACUUUAGGAAUCACUGGCCUGGCGUAUACCGAUGACGAAUACAAAAAUCACAUUUGGCAAAACCAGAGGCAACGCCGACAAAGUGGAUAUACAAAGGAUAAUAAUAAAUCUCGAAAAUAGACGUGCUCGUAGGGAAAUAAAAAUAAUUAUCUUGAAAGCGAUAAUAAACUAAUAAACUCUGAAGGGUGCGAUUUUCGACUGCCUUGAAGAUUUCAAAGGAAAGUAAAAUGAUUAUUGGUUCAUUUUUAUGGAAUUUUUACGAAGAUAUAUCUCUGUAUUUCCAAUCAAUUAUUUAGAUUCAUAAUAUUUUAUAUGUGGUUAUGGGAGCAAAUGUUCAAUUGUUGAAAGCACAUUAAAAAGACCAUCAAAAAUAUAAUAUACGUUUCAAUUGAAAAGGGCGUAUCUGCAAAAUAGCACAUUUGGGAUAUUUGUCUUUGAAGACUUUCAUUUCAUCCACAGAUUCAAUUGAAUUAAUAUGAAGAAAAAAUAAAUGAUAAUGCAUGUUAAUUAAAUUUAAUCUGUGGAUGGCACAAAUGAAAGUAUUUAAAGUUCAAUCAAUAUCCCAAAAGUGAUUUUUUGUAGAUACGCACGCACUUCUCAAUUCAAACGUCAGUAUAGAUUCAUCAUAUUCCAAUCUGAUCACGCUGAUGAAACUGUUGAAAUGAUGUUCGAUCAAUACAUUGCUUUCCGGAAAUAAAGAGGAUCUUAUACGAAUUCAAUACAGUAAUUACAAUAUCUUAUGCAUAAUGGACCUGUACUUAGCAACUCUCAUGCUUGUAGACACCUCUGAUAAUGCUUUGUCGGCAUUAUCCAUAACAGAAUUACGGUUCGUUUUAUGGGUCGGCUUUAAAAUUCAGUAAAGACGGAUAACUUUUUUGACCGUUAUGCAAAUUUAGGUAGCUAUUAUUUGAAAGCGUUGAAUAUUUUGCAAUAACCUGGACCACUUUAGGAAUCACUGGCCUGGCGUAUACCGAUGACGAAUACAAAAAUCACAUUUGGCAAAACCAGAGGCAACGCCGACAAAGUGGAUAUACAAAGGAUAAUAAUAAAUCUCGAAAAUAGACGUGCUCGUAGGGAAAUAAAAAUAAUUAUCUUGAAAGCGAUAAUAAACUAAUAAACUCUGAAGGGUGCGAUUUUCGACUGCCUUGAAGAUUUCAAAGGAAAGUAAAAUGAUUAUUGGUUCAUUUUUAUGGAAAAAAAUUUCGUUUUUCGUUUCUGCAAGAAUUCUGAAAUUUCAUAUUUUGAAAAUCUUGGGAGGGGUAAUUACUAUAUAAUACUAGUACUCUUCACUAUUUCUAUACGGUCUUGCUUACUGACUGACUGAUAUUUGUACGUUUUUGAGACUCAAUUAUUAAGUGAAGUUAGUGAAGGUGUUUGAAGUUUUUUUAUAAGUUAUAUUUGCCUUUGACCUAAGGACUUUUUGUUUAUUCAGUUAUUAAAGGUAAGAGCUUAAUAUACAAUUCGAUAUUUUUCAACCUUAAAAUUACUUUUUUGAAGAUAUAAAACUUGAAAACGAUUUAUAUUUGAAUGUAUUAGAUUUUUGUGUAUAACCAAUAUCGGGUGUUUCAUGUCAUCGUAUAUAGGCAAAAUCUCGCUCAUUUGACGAGAUAAUAAAAAAAUUUCUGUUACUAGGGCCUAGUAACAGUUGGAAUAAUACAGAUCUAUUCUGAAUUUCUCCAAGUGAAUAUUAGAACUCUGAAAAUAGACGAGCAGAUAAAUUCGAUUUUUUUAAUCUGAAGUUGGUUGUGUUGUGAAUAUUUCGGAGUGAAAACUUGUGUUUGAAUAUUUCGAUCUUUUUGUAAGGUAAGAUCUAUUGAUAAUCUUAAUUGAGACAGUUAAAUAAAGAAAUUGUGUUUUCCAGGAAAGCAAAAAUGUUUGGUCUAGUUCAUUUUCCCGACCAGACUUACGGAAUAUAUUCAAUGAAAAAUAUUUCAAAGAAAAAAGGAGAUAAUAAUGCCUGCAUUGUAAAACAUAGAGGUGCCAAAUAUGAAGCAGUACUGAUAACAGAAAAAGAGAAAAAAGAAGAACUGAGGGUACUUCAAGAUGAAAUGGUUGGACAGCUAAAAUCAGUAAAGAAAUCUGUAAGCGAUAAUAAUUUCACUGAUUCGAAAAUUGGAGAAAAAUAUGUGGAUAUGGACAGACCAUCUACUUCCUCCAUCAACCAUAAAUAUGUUUCCUCCGUUGUUAAAAAAGAUGAAGAAAGUAGUGAUGAAGCAAUUCAAGAGCAAAGAGAAGAACAGAGGAUUCUUCAAGAUGAAACGCUCGAACAAAGAGAAUCAGUAGAAAAAUCUAUAGGCAAUAAUCAUUCCACUGAUUCAAAAAUUGGAAAAAAAUAUGUGGAUAUGGAAAGACCAUCUACUUCCUCCAUCAACCAUGAAUAUGUUUCCACCGUUGAGGGUAGAGAUGAACAAAGUAGUGAUGAAGCAAUUCAAGAGCAAAGAGAAGAACAGAGGAUUCUUCAAGAAGAAACGCUCGAACAAAGAGAAUCAGUAGAAAAAUCUAUAGGCGAUAAUCAUUCCACUGAUUCAAAAAUUGGAAAAAAAUAUGUGGAUAUGGACAGACCAUCUACUUCCUCCAUCAACCAUGAAUAUGUUUCCACCGUUGAGGGUAGAGAUGAACAAAGUAGUGACGGAGCAUUUCAAGAGAAAAUAAUUAUAGAAGAUAUAUUGCUUAAUCCGCGGAGAUCGCCAGAAAAAUCUCUAGUCUAUGAGGAUUUCAAUGAUUUUUCAAUUGGAACAGAAUAUGUGGAAAUUAACCGAUCAUCUACUUCUCUUAUGAAGAACUUCGAUGAUACUGUUUUCUCCACUGUUUGUGGAGAGGAGGAAGACAGAUAUGCAGAAUUUCAAGAUAAUAGUACCAUGGAAGCUUCAGAUAUGAAUGUUGACAAAAACAAACAGAGUAUUAUGCAACAUCAUGGAAUACCAGUUCAAGUGGAACCUGAAGAUGAGAUAGAAUUAUCAGUUUAUGGAGACAAUUCUGAUGAUGAUUCAGAUUAUAAUUUAUCUACUUAUUCAGAAACGCAAUCUGAUAACUCACGAGAUGGCAGUCGGAGCUCAACACCAUGUUCCUUUCUAUCUGAAAUGGAUCUGAAUAUUGAGGAGAAAACGCAACCGAAUGAGUCCAAUAAUAAUUCCCUCUCGAAAAGCAUCCAAGUUCAUUUAUCUGCCUCGUUAAACGAACCAGGGUGCGAUGAUGAAAAUAUGAUGGUAACUGAGUCCCGCGGAAGAAAAGGAGACAAGAAGGCAAAUUUUUGUUUCUACUGCCAUACGAAACAGCAAAAAAUCUCACGACACCUAGAGAAUAAACACAGCGGUGAGGAGGAGGUGAAAAAAUUUAUUAUGUUACCAAAAGGUAACGUAGAAAGGGCCAAGAUUAUUGGUCAGAUAAGAAAAAGGGGAAAUUUCCUUUUUAAUACGAAUGAGAAUUUAAAUGAUGGUGAGCUGAUUGUGGCGCGACGGCCUAAAAGCAGCAGGAAUAAAAGUGGUAGGGAUUACAGUGCAUGUGCAAACUGUAAGGGAUUUUUCUCAAAAGCCACCCUUCGAGUGCAUUUCAGAUCCUGCACAGGCAUUGAUUCCGACAUUAAAAGAUUGCCAAAUUUGCUAAGUAAAAAAAUCACAUCAAGAAUACAUCCUAUGGCAUCAAUAACUGUGAGAAAUCAUUUAUUCCCACCGCUGAGGGAGGAUGAUGUAUGUAGAGCAAUCAGAUAUGAUGAACUCAUCAUCAUUUAUGCUAACAAAAUGGUGGAAAAAUAUAGAGAACCGAGACAUUUCCAAAUGAUAAGGCAGAGAUUACGAUUAAUUGGUAAUUUCCUCAUUAAAAUGAAGGCACUGAGUAAGGAAAUAAAUAAUUUAGCCUCUAUAUAUGACCCAAAAUUUGUAGACAUGGUUUUAUCUGCUAUAAAUAUGUGUGCCCGGUACACUGAAACUACGAACUGCUUCGAAGCUCCUUCGGUAGCGUUCAGUUUGGGCACACUGCUGAAGCAGAUUGGCAAUUUAUUAAUAACAGAGUGCAUUAAAAACCACAAGGAAGAAAUGCGAAAAAAUGCUAAAUAUUUCUUGAAAGUUUUCGCUCAAGAAGUGAACAUAAAUGUAAACAGAACUGUUGCUGAAACUCAACUGAAAAUGAGUAGAACAAAAACAGUUAUGCUACCCACAAUGGGCGACAUAAAAAAACUCAGCGACUAUUUGACCAAGAAGAGAAAAGACGCCCUUGAGAAAUUGAAAAUUUGCUUCUCGUCAUUGGCCUGGAUAGACUUAGCAGAGGCAACGCUAACGUCUAUCCAGGUUUUCAAUAGACGACGCGCUGGAGAAGUCGAGAGAAUUAGCAUUACCGAAUUUGAAAAAUACGAAACGAUUGAGAGAAGUAAUAAUGAUCUAUUUCAAUCACUUUCAGAGAAAUCAAAAGAAAUUGCAAAAAAAUAUGUUCGAUUCACUAUAAGGGGCAAGUUGAAUCGGACGGUUCCUGUUCUAUUGGAUACUCAUUUAUGUGAGUGCAUCCAAUUAAUAAUAAAAAACAGAACAAAUAUGAGGGUCCACAAGAGUAACCCUUAUGUAUUCGGUACACCAGGGUCGGAUACAAAAAAGCAUCCACAUCUGAGUGCCUGCACUUUGAUGAGGAAAUUCUCUGAAGCUUGUGGUGCUGAGCACCCGACAAGACUACGUGGCACCAAUUUGAGGAAACAUAUAGCCACUACGUGUAUUACUUUGAAUCUUGAAAAUCAAGACGUAGUGGAUUUGUCGAACUUCAUGGGCCAUUCGGAGAAGAUACACAAGGGCAUUUAUCGUCAGCCCAUUAUAAGUAGGGACAUUUUGGGCAUUUCACAACUCCUGCAAACAGCUCAAGGAGAAAAUGAAAAUGCAAGCAGUGAUGACUCCGAAAAUGAGGUUGUCAAUGAUGAAGAACCAAUUCCUACAAAUGAAAUCAAUUCAACAGGAGGAACUCCAAAUCUUAGUGGGGGGAAUAGGAGGAAUUCCAGCAAAGCCCAUACCCUAUCUGGCACCCUCAAAAGAGUGAGGUGGACCCAAGAGGAGAAGGAUGCUAUUUUCCGUAUUUUCGGAGAAUAUAUGAAUAGAAAAGCUCUACCUCCUUUGAAAGUGAUACAAACAGUGAUAAAAGAAACUCCUGUUCUUCAGAAUCGCACGUCACCACAAAUAAAGACAUGGAUUCACAAUCAGCUGAAGGGCUCCAAGAAGAAACUUUCAUUUUCAAACUGAAUAUUUGUGAUAUUUUUAAUUUAUACAUAGUCAUUCGUUUUUAUUCAUAUUUAUUUAUUUUUUCAUAUAUUUAUUUACUUUUCAAGAAAGUUGUUUAUGUUUCUUCAUUUUCAUUCAUUUAUUUUCAUUUAUAUUUGUUCGUUUUAUUUAGAGAUUUAUUUAUGUUCCUUUGAAAUUCAUUUAUUUGUAUUCUUAAGAUUUUUUCAAGAUGGUGUUUCUUUCGAAACACUUCAUUUACAAUUGAAGUUUAUUAUUUUUCUUAAUCAAAAACCAAAGAAAAACCGAAUAUUUUAUUGUCACCAUAUUUUUAUGCCUUCAACUGGAAAUUCCUAACUAGAUAUUACAGAAGAACUAGGUCGACUAGAAAUUUGGAAAUGGAGAUUAGAAUAUUUAUCAUUCCUGGCUCUUUCGUACAUAUAGAGAAGAUAUUUAAAUUUGAAAAGAAUUAUGAUUCCCUUGACUUCCUCAUUAUUUAAAAUACUUUACCCAAUAAUUUAACUUCACCUUAUUUUUAUGACCUUUAACUGGGAAUACUCAAGUUCAAUCAAGAAGUUACUGAGGAACUGGGUCGACUAGAAAUUUGAAAAUUGAGAUUAGAAUACUUUCUCAAUCUAGGCUCUUUCGGUUAUACAGAGGAUCAAAAAAAUGUUCAUAACGGCGACCCCCCCCCAAUUUAAAGGCUAGGAUCGCCCUUGUCAUAAAUGCAAUUUCUGUAACGAAACUACAAUGAAAUAUAUUUUCGAAAAUAAAAUAAUCCUCAUAUUAAGA